CACUACAACUGUUUUAUUGAAAUAACGCAUUGAUUUUCUAUAAUAAUUAUAAAGGAAAAGUGUUUAUUAUAAUAAACGAAUGUCUUCGUCGGACUGUUUGUAAAAUGGAUAUGGAACGUCUGCAUAUUUUCGCGUUUUUAAACGUAUUUGUGUUCGCAAUAUUUGGGACUGUUUCAAGUCAAACUUAUGAAAAUGCUACACGUUUAAGAUCGGAUCUUUUAGCAAACUACCAUAAAGAUGUACGACCGAUAAAUAAUCAAUCGGAUGUGGUAAAUGUAAAUGUAACGCUUGAUCUAUUCGGAAUACCUGAAAUCGACGACGUAAGGGGUGUGAUCACAAUAACAGUUGCAACUCAAUGUGUAUGGAUAGAUGAGCGGAUGCAAUGGGAUCCUGCUGAUUAUGGUGGCAUUUCUAAGAUUCUUAUUUUAACAAGUGAAGCGUGGACUCCUUCCAUUUCACUUGGAACGCCUAUUGAAUUUGCUACAAUGGGUUCGGUUAAUAAUCAUGUAAUCUUCUUUCCAAGCGGGUUCGCACUGUUUUAUCCAGGCGCUGUUUUGAAAAGUUCAUGUGGAUUUAAUAUGAAAUUUUGGCCUUUCGACAAACAGAUAUGUGAUGUCGGAUUUUUCCCUUUAGAUUAUACAACGGACCAACUAUUAUUUACGAUAAUUGAUGGGGUAAAAACUAAGUCAUUUACCCCAAACGCUGAAUGGGUUCUUGAAGAUACAUCAUACUACACUAUAAACACGGUUGGAUUUUCAAUGGCGAUAUUUCGGUUUAAACUGAAACGGCAAUCACUUUUUUAUGUUCUUACCAUUAUUUUACCAAUCAAUGGAAUCGCCGGACUUACAUGCCUCGUUUUCCUUUUACCUAGCGAGUCUGGUGAACGCGUCAGCUAUGCAAUUACGAUAAUGUUAUCCUUAGCAGUUUUCUUGACUGUAGUUUCUGAUGAAAUGCCAAAGUCUUCGGAACCGAUAUCAUUAAUGUGUUGUUACAUUCUGGCUGGAAUAUGUGUCAGUGUUAUAGGAACUGUUUUGGCCAUACUUAAUCUAGCUGUAUAUCACCGCAAGGAAAAUGUUCCCAAAAAACCAUGGCAUAUUUCACUCGUUAUGUUUUCAAAGUGUACUAGAAAUAAUAAAGUGAGCGAUGAACAAGACAGGAACAAUGGUAUUCAGGACAUUAAAUACGGUAAUGCACCAACACAUGAUAAGACAAAAGCAACCAAGACACACAUCUUAAAAGUAAAUCAGGACGAGGAUAAAGACGCUGAUGGUCAAACAAUAACGUGGCAAGAUGUGAGUCUUGCCAUUGAUAAGCUUUUAUUUUAUGCAAUGGUCUUUUUGACGUAUAUUCCGUCCAUUGGGUUCUUGAUAUAUCUUGGUGCAGCCUCAGAUUAUCAAAUGUGAAAUAACUGUAUGAUAUAAAUACAGUUUUACAAGUACAUUGUAAUCUAUUAAAUUGGUAAUUUGAAUAAUAUGACUUUGUGAAUAAGGGGAUAUUUAUACGUGUAAAUAUAUUUCUUCAAUAGAGUACAUAUACUAGUUUAUUCUAUAAGAAACUUUCAAGCGUUAUUUCAAGCAACCUUUAAUCGUGCAUUUUGAAUGUUUCGAUGCAUGUUUAUACAUGUACAUCAUUCAAAAGUUUGCUACAUAUUUAUUUCAUAUGACAGGUCUUGCAUUUUGAUUAUGAAAGAAUUAAUUCGAACGAACUAUUUGUUGAUUUUUCUGCUUUUUGUUUUACAAUAUAUCAACAUUUAUUGGUGAAUAAAACAUUGUUUCAGCGUUAACUGUCUUUUGAUCUCUAUGUACCGUUUGCAGUUAUGUAAUAAUAAUGUCAUUUAUUGAAUUGUUCUUCACGCCUUAUUAGCUUUUUAGUUAAUGCACCACUGUACACCAAACAAUUAUUAAGAUUUAUCUUAAACUGUCAUAUUUGUUUUAACACUUUGAAAUACUGAAUAAAAUAUUUUUGAAACAUAUCAAACAUUUUUAUCUUAAUCUUUUUUAAAGACACUUUUGUACAAACUAAUUGUUUUCUACUAUAAAAUGUCUACUUUUUGAAGUGGGUACUCAGGCAAAUAAAUGAUAAAAAUAUUAAAAUAAUUUAAUGUACUCAAAGCACGCUUAAAUCACAUUUGUAAAGCCCAGCAUGAAUUUCUGUUUAAAUUCUAUAUAUUUUGAGUUUGAAGGUAAAUAUAUCUAGAUAUAUUGAACGAAAUCUAGACUCUGACAGAAUAAAUGAGUAGUUUUAAAACAAGCCAUGUGACUUGAACAAACAUUGGAAGUUACAAUAACAGAUAUUGUGAAUAUCGUAUCAUUAAAACAAGUCUAAAUCAUUCACUUGACAUGUUCUUUAACGUUUCAAGAGUUCACUGUGGGAACUAUUGUGAAAUCUUAACGCUCUGACCUGACCCACGAUGGUCAAGUUAGGAAACCACAAUUAUAUUCUUUAUAAGA